CGUAGUUUACGUCAUCAAACAAGCCGACCUGAGUGAGCAGUAUGGAGGAAGCUGUCUGACCUUCUAAUGAUAUUUUUCUAUAGUUUUAGUUGAGUAAAAUCUUGCAGGAUGUCAGUCCAUGCAAAAUGGAUCAUCGGCAGAGUCAUCGGGACCAAGAUGCUCAAAACUGCCAAAGUGAGAGUUACCAGGCUGGUGCUGGACCCUUACCUGCUCAAGUACUACAACAAAAGGAAGACCUACUUUGCCCACGAUGCUUUGCAACAGUGCACUGUGGGAGAUAUUGUCCUCCUCAAGGCUCUGCCUGAGCGCAGAACCAAACACGUGAAGCAUGAACUGGCAGAGAUCAUAUAUAAAGUUGGCCGGGUGGUCGACCCUCUGACAGGAAAGAGGGUUGCAGGAACUGAGUUUGUGGAGCCUCUAACUGACCUUCCACUUCAAGAAGAUACGACAUUAUUAGAGAAACUGCAGGAGCUCAACAUCUCUGCUGCCUCCAGUGGAGCCGAUUCCCCACCAGCACCAACUCCCACUUCGUGAUAGAAGAUUGUUCUUUGUUGUUCUGCGAUGUUUGUUUUUCAGGUGUUAAUGUGAAUUUAUGUUUAUAAACUAGUAAUCUUUGCUGUACAUGUAUGGGUAAAGAGACUAAAUAUCAUUUCCUUGCUACCUGCUCGGGUAGUGGACACAUUUCUGAGGAGUUUACAAUAAAACAAACAAAUCGUGUCAUGCACGGUACUCGUAUCUUUUAUCCAAGUUUGUAAGAUAUUGCAGUUAGAAGGUGAAGGGCAUUUUGGACACGUGCUCAGGGGGCCAUGUACAUUUAGGGACCCAUCCAAGAGACCAGAAUUGUAUUC